UCUCUCCGCCUUUCGCUUCAAGCUGCAACUCAUCUGUGCAGAUAUCAUGCGCGGCAUAGCUUUCUUGUCGGCCUUGUGCGCCGCGGCCCUUGUCCAGGCCAACUUCCACACCGCACACAUCUAUAUCCAGCCCGUCGAAAACUCCGAGUCGCCGACCCUCCUUGCAGAGCUCGCAUACGAUCCCAGCCUUACCACAUCCUCCUCCAUCAUCUCCUACGAAGCUCCUGAAAUUCCAGAGUCUACACAGCUGGUCCGCGUAGGGCUGUACGACCCAAAAUCUUCGAGCUGGAUAUCUGGCACGACUGUUGCUUCGGUGGACAACUUCGGCAAGGGCUUCUCUCCCAAUCUGAUACUGUCCAUCGAUGAGAAUGGAGAGGUCCUGAGCGCAGCGCUGAAGGGAGUAAGGAUUGAUGCGGGCCAGACGAGAGACUUUGGGCCGCAGGCUGUGGUGCUGCCGGCGCUCAAGGGCAAGCAACCGGAGCUCAACAAGCCAGUCGUUCUGUCGCCAGAGGGCAAGAAGGUUGAGGAAGAGGAGAAGACAUUCCUACAAAAGUAUUGGUGGAUGAUUGGCAUUGUGGUGUUCCUCGCAAUGAGUGGAGGAGGAGGCGAGAAAUAGAGUCGCCAAUUGACGCGCACAUUACCAUUAAUUCAAGCAAUAAAAUCCUUGGUUUGCGGGCCAUUAACAGAAAAUGUGCUCCUGUCAGCUAUUCUCAGUAUACCUGGGACGCUGUCCUUACCUGUCAGAGCCCAAAGCAGCCAAAGUAAACACAGUAUUGUGUCUGUCGUA